CGGCUCCGGCCUGCGGAGCUCCGUCCCACGCUCCGAGCAGGCACGUCACGGGAGAACGAGGAAAACACGCGAUGUUUGGAGGGACUCCAGCGCAUCUGUUGUAAACCUUAGAGUUAACUGUUUAGGUUUCAGUCAUCAGUUUUGCCGGGCACUGCUGCUAGGUAACACUGUUGUCCAUAUCGUGGUCCGACGAGGGAGUUUAAUUGCUAAAAGCAGUGAAGAUGCAGCCUGCAACAGCUAAAUGGUAUGACAGACGAGACUCUGUAUUUAUAGAGUUCUGUUUGGAGGACAGUAAAGAUGUGCAAGUAAAUUUCAACAAGUCAAAACUAGAUUUCAGCUGUGUCAGUGGAACAGAUGAUAUCAAACACCAGAAUACAGUGGAACUUUUUGGGGAGAUUGACCCUAAAGAAUCCAAACACAGACGCACAGACAGGUCUGUGUUGUGUUGUUUACGAAAAGCAGAGCCUGGGAAGUCAUGGCCACGACUUACCAAAGACAAGACAAAGUGCAACUGGCUGAGUGUGGAUUUCAAUAAUUGGAAAGACUGGGAAGAUGACUCGGAUGAAGAUUUGUCAAGUUUUGACAAAUUCUCAGAGAUGAUGAACAGCAUGGGAGGGGAUGAUCUACCAGAUUUAGAUGGAGCAGAUGACGUGCAUGACUCUGCAGACAGCGACGAUGAAAAAAUGCCCGACCUUGAGUAGACAAACACGGAUGCCACCUCAGUAGUUAAUAAAGCAAGUUAUAAGUCAGUUGAAGAAAGACUAGACAUGAGUUGGCACCCACAUUGGAGAAGAUCCUAAUCUCUCUACGCAGUUUCCAAAGCGAAACCCCUCAAGGGAGUGACAGGGAGUGACUGUUGGAUACAGACAUGCACAGAGAUCCAUAGCGACAUACAGUGCUGUGCUUUGCUGUUUUGUUCUGCAUGGACAAUUCUGUUCAAAUGAAAAAUGUUAUUGUUCAUUGACUUAAAUGACUGUAAUGGGAUGUGCUGAUGUCUUACACCUUCUCUCUCUCUCUGUUUUUUUUGCGAUGUCAGAGUAUGUAUUGAACGUUGUGAUUUCUAAUGAAAAAAAACAACUUAAAAUUCCUAUUUUCCAAAAAAGUAGAUUUUUUAAAUGACAGAUUUUUCCCCUUUAAUGUUUGUAUUAUGAAUUGCACUUAUUUUGUUUGUUAAUUUAAAAAGCAGGAGGUCCGCUUGAAAUGUUUUUUUUUUCCCGAUGUAUGCCAACAUCUGCAAAUAUUUAACAAAAAUUUCCUUUUUUUUAACCAUGUUUCAGCAUUUAAAAUAAACAUAUGCUUGUGCAACUUA